AUGAGUGAUAGAAAAGGACAAUCAAAAUAUUAUUCACCUGAUUUUGAUCCUGAAGAACUUGAAAAAUUUAAUGAAAAAUUAAGAAAACAAAGAAAAGGAAAAGGACCUAAAUUACUUGAUGUUCGUAUGAUGUUACCGAUGUCAGUCAGAUGUCAAGCAUGUGGAGAAUAUAUUUAUAAAGGAAAAAAAUUUAAUUCAAAAAAAGAAACGGUUGAAGGAGAGACAUAUUGUGGAAUAAAGAUAUAUAGAUUAUAUUUUAAAUGUACAAGAUGUAAAACAAUAUUUACAAUUAAAACAGAUCCAAAAAAUUCUGAUUAUAUUUGUGAAAGAAAUGUUACAAAAAAUGCUGAACCAAGAAAAGAAGAAUUAAAACAUUUAGAAGAAGAAAAAGAAAAAAGAAAAGAAGAAGAAGAUGAUGAUAUUAUUAAGAAAUUAGAAAAUCAAAGUAAAGAUACUAUUAAUGAAUUACAUCAAUUAGAACUAUUAGAAGAUAUGAAAUUAACUCAAAAAAGAAAUGAAAAAAUUACUGUCGAUGACUUACUUAAAAGAAAAAAAGAUAUUAAAAGUCAAAAUAAUAAUUCUAAUGAUGAUAUUCAAAUUCAUGAAAUUGAAAAUGAAUUAAAUGAUUGGAAAUUAAAAAAACAUUUAAAUGAAUCUUUUAAAGAAGAAGACAAAAAAGAAUUUAUUAAAAAAUCGGAAAAGAAAAAGAAAUUAAGUUUUUUAUAA